GCAUUUCGGUCUCUUAGAUUUGAAUUCUCUUCGAUUGCAGAUCCAGUGGCCUUGAAUCUCGAUUGGUGAGGAACCACGUUAAUGUUUUUCUUGAUCUUCGAAUUUUCCCCGCAUUUGGUUGUCUAUAAAGUGUGAAAAUUGGCUCCUCAACGCCGCUCGCAGCGCCACAUGGGUGGCCAGAUGCAACAGAGCAAUGCCGCUGCUGCUGCGGCUGCUCUGUAUGAUCAUCCUGGGGGGACGUCUCUGCAUAAUGCAGGGCCUGCAAGCGAUGCCGGCGAUGCAGUCAUGGCACGGUGGCUCCAGUCUGCAGGAUUGCAGCAUCUGGCCUCCCCUUUGGCGUCGACUGGCAUUGACCAUCGUCUUCUCCCCAACCUCCUCAUGCAGGGUUAUGGAGCACAAUCUGCUGAAGAAAAGCAGAAGCUUUUUAAAUUAUUCCGGAACCUCAACUUGAAUGGGGAGUCUGGUUCUGAACCAUAUACCCCUACUGCUCAAAGCUCAGGAGUGGCUGCUGUGACAGAAGGUUUCUAUUCCCCUGAACUUGGAGGUGAUUUUGGAGCUGGCCUUUUGGAUCUUCAUGCUAUGGAUGAUACCGAGCUUCUUUCUGAGCAUGUUAUGUCAGAUUCCUUUGAGCCUUCGCCUUUCAUGCCCACUGUCGCAAAGGGGUUUGAUGAUGACUUCGAUGCAAAUAGUAGUAGGCAACAGAGAGUGCAAACAGAUGCCUCAACUAGACUACCAACAAACGAAAAAGAGGCUAGCACAAAAGAGAGCAAUGUGGCUAAGAUUAAAGUUGUGGUGCGGAAAAGACCUUUAAACAAGAAGGAGCUUUCAAGGAAGGAGGAUGAUAUUGUAACAGUAUAUGAUAGUGCGUACUUAACCGUUCACGAACCAAAAUUGAAGGUGGACUUGACUGCAUACGUGGAGAAGCAUGAAUUUUGUUUCGAUGCUGUUCUAGAUGAACAGGUUACCAAUGAUGAGGUGUAUCGUGUAACUGUAGAGCCGAUUAUUCCUACCAUAUUCCAGAGAACGAAAGCAACAUGCUUUGCAUACGGGCAGACAGGUAGUGGCAAGACAUUCACCAUGCAACCUCUGCCUUUGAGAGCAGCAGAAGAUAUUGUUAGAUUGUUGCAUCAGCCAACAUACUAUAAUCAAAGAUUUAAAUUGUGGCUUAGCUAUUUUGAGAUAUAUGGAGGGAAACUCUUCGAUCUGCUCAGUGAUAGAAGGAAACUUUGUAUGAGAGAAGAUGGCCGGCAACAAGUUUGCAUUGUUGGACUGCAGGAAUUUGAGGUCUCGGAUGUUCAAAUUGUUAAGGAAUACAUUGAGAAAGGAAAUGCAGCAAGAAGUACAGGAUCUACUGGUGCGAAUGAGGAAUCUUCAAGAUCUCAUGCUAUUUUACAACUUGCCAUUAAGAAGCACCGUGAGAUAAAUGGAUCCAAAAGGCUGAACGAUGUUGAUGAGUCCAAGGGUGGGAAGGUUAUUGGGAAGAUAUCUUUUAUUGAUCUUGCUGGUAGUGAACGAGGUGCUGACACUACUGACAAUGACAGACAAACAAGGAUUGAGGGAGCAGAAAUUAACAAAAGCCUUUUGGCCCUCAAGGAGUGUAUCCGUGCACUUGACAAUGAUCAGAUUCAUAUCCCAUUUCGUGGGAGUAAACUCACUGAGGUGCUCCGCGAUUCUUUCGUUGGAAAUUCUAGGACUGUUAUGAUCUCCUGCAUUUCUCCAAAUGCAGGUUCCUGUGAGCAUACUCUCAAUACAUUGCGAUAUGCAGACAGAGUUAAAAGUCUUUCUAAGAGUGGGAAUGCAAAGAAGGAUCAGGGUGCAGGUUCAUUACUGCCAACAAGUAAGGAAUCUUCAUCAGCAUCAUCUUUGGCUGUUGCUGUUGAGCCUGAGGAUGUUUAUAGCCAGACUCAAGAAAUGAAAAUGGUGGAUAUGGGUAAAAGGAUUCCAGAGAAAGAAAACUACUCUCACAAUUCUGGUGCUGAUUUUGAGAGACAAUCAUCUUGUUUGCCAUCGAAUUAUCCCUCUAGUGGAAGGGAGGAACCUAGGGUGGUUUCAGGCUCCUUAGAAAAGGAGAGGACCAACAUCAGAUCUGCUUUUGGUGGUUCUAAUAGCCAGAAACCAUAUUCUUCUGCCCAAAACUCAAACGAUAUGGUGGAGGAGAAAGUACAAAAGGUAUCUCCACCUCGCAGGAAAGUUAAUAGGGAAGAAAAAUCAGAGAAACAAGGAAACUGGACUAAAAAGGAUAGUGGGGGACCGGACUUGUCCACAAGUUACAAACCGCAACAUACAUAUGAUUCUAAUCUAAACAAUAUUGGUUCAAGACAGUAUGAACCAGAACCAUCCCGGCAAGAUGGAGACAUCAAUGCAAUACUUGAGGAAGAAGAGGCUUUAAUUACUGCUCAUCGAAAAGAAAUUGAAGAUACUAUGGAGAUCGUCCGUGAAGAGAUGAAACUAUUGGCAGAAGUGGAUCAACCAGGUAGCCUGAUAGACAAUUAUGUGACCCAGUUGAGCUUUGUGUUGUCACGGAAGGCAGCAGGAUUGGUUAGCCUUCAAGCCCGCCUUGCAAGAUUCCAACAUCGUCUAAAAGAACAGGAAAUACUUAGUAGGAAGAAGGUCCCUCCUCGUUAAGUUGUUUUUCUGUGACCCCUCCACUUUCUCAGCCACUUCAAACUGCCCUUAAUUUCUACCCGUCAUUGGUGUCACCAUUCUGUGCUUUUAACCCCUUAUGUCAUGUAUCUUGUUGCCUUGUAAAAAUAUUUCAUUAAUGUCUUAAUUGGUUCCAUCCCUGUGGAGAUCUCACUGCAACUUGUAACCAAGCAUUUGCAACGGCAAUUUCUGUUCCCUUGACACAGUUUUUCAAGCUAGGAACAAUCUGAAGAAGGAAUUUGGUGACUGGAAAGCCAAUGUGUAGCUUUGGCUUUUAAUGGUGCUAAAUAUGCUCAAUUUGGCUGGAGAAUCAUGGUUGGGUUCAGGGAUAUAUGAUUGUGUAAUCAAAUCUGUAAUUUCAGAAUUCAGAUGAAACUUUGCUAUGUUCGUUUUUUUAUUGAGUUUUAAGGAAUCACAUGACUCGGAGACACUACAGAGGAAAUUUAACUA